AUGACUUCAAUUCGUACUGUUUUAGCUUUCCAACAUGAUUCCGGCCUUCAUACACUUGAAACUAGUGUUAUAGGCGUCUAUCGGUUCAAUACACUCGAAGAAUCCAAUCGCCAACUUUUCAAAGACGCUGGCGACCAACACGAUGUCAUUGUCACCGAACAAACUAUCUUUCACCCCCAAGGCGGCGGUCAGCCCUCGGACACAGGCGUGAUCAAAAGCCCAUCGGGUAAUUUCACGGUCACUGCCGUUCGCAUGGAUACCAAUGGGCAAGUGCUCCACCUCGGUCUCUUUGGGGAGGGCUCGUCAAUCCGCAUCGGAGAAACCGUUGUACAAUCAAUCGAUGUCGAAAAGCGUCUUCUAUACUCUCGCCUGCAUACUGCAGGUCACGUCCUAGGCUCAGCAGUCCGUGAUCUGCUAGAAAAGGAGAUUGAAAACUUCGAUGAGCUCAAAGCCUCUCACUUUCCCGACUCAGCCGCGUGUGAAUUCCAAGGUUCGAUCGAGGGAAAAUGGAAAGAACCCAUCCAGAAGAAACUGGAUGCAAUCCUCGCUGCCAAGCUACCCGUGCAAAUCGAGUGGUGGGAUGAAAAUGAUUUCCGCUCGCGUGGUCUAGAGCGAUUGAUUCCUGAUCGCAGUUUAGUACCAGCGGGUGAGAAGUCUCGCGUCGUCAAUAUUGUCGGUGCUGAAGUGUAUCCUUGUGGAGGUACACAUGUCGACACGACGGAUUUGUGUGGCCCUGUGACUGUGAAGAAAAUCUCGAGAAAAACUGGAAACUCCCGAGUCAGCUAUGUGGUGAAUUGA